CUUUCUUAUAUUAAAAAAUCCCAAACAGGUGCCACAUUCAAUUGAUGGAGGUUCAAAAUGAUAUCGUAUUAGGCGAUUUGUCCAGUUUCUUGGGCAGCAACGUCCAGGAUAAUGGCACUGAGCAUCCUCAGGAUGAGCCAAAUCACCACGAAUUCUCACUCCCACCAGCGGAUCAAGGGAAAGAUGCUAUUUUGUUCUUAGUUGCUGGGUUCGUGGUUGAAGCUCUCGUGUGGGGCUUCCCAUUCUCGUUUGGUGUCUUUCAAGAGUACUAUACUACACAUGAACCAUUUUCAAGUCAGCCUUCGGGAAUUGCAAUUAUAGGAACGACUGCUACUGGUAUUAUGUAUAUGGCUGGUUUGCUCCUAUAUCCAGCAUAUAAGAACUGGCCAAAUCUUGCGAACACUUCCAAAUGGAUCGGUAUUCCCAUCAUGUCCGCCGGCCUCGUUGCCGCCUCUUUCGCGAACAACGUGAAUCAACUCAUCGCCAAUCAAGGUGUCAUAUAUGCCAUCGGUGGCUCUAUCGUCUACUUUCCAGCCCUGCUCUUUGUCGAUGAAUGGUUCAUUCAACGCAAAGGUCUCGCAUUCGGCGUAUUAUGGGCAGGAACUGGAGCAGCCGGUCUGAUAAUCCCCUUCUUCCUCAACACCCUCCUCUCAACCUACGGCUUCCGCACCACCCUCCGCAUCUGGUCCCUAACAAUCCUCAUCCUCUCCAUGCCCCUCCUCUACUUCCUGCGUCCGCGCCUCCCCACCUCCGCAAUCUCCCACUCCCCCCGCUACGGCCUCGGCUUCCUCAAGUCUCCCAGCUUCUGGCUCCUGCAGGCAGGAGUGGUGGUUGAGAGCCUAGGCUACUUCCUCCCUUCCAUCUACCUGCCCACUUUCGCCGCACACCUCGGAUUGUCUCCUGCCACCGGCUCCCUGCUCGUCGCGCUCCUGAAUGGCGCUGCUGUGUUUGCGACGAUUAUCAUGGGUAUGCUGAUCGAUCGCUUCCAUGUCACAACCGUGAUCUUGUUGUCCACCAUCGGUGCUACCGCCUCUGUUUUCAUCCUCUGGGGGUUGUCCACUGCGUUACCGUUGUUAGUGGUGUUUAGCAUCAUGUAUGGCUUCUUUGCAGGCGGCUUUGUGAGCACGAACGCGGGGAUCAUCAAGUUGGUGAAGAGGUACGAUUAUAGCGCUGAUGUGGGCAUGAUGCUCGGUGUUACGAGUGCAGGGAGGGGCGUGGGGUCGGUGCUCAGUGGGCCAUUGAGUGAGGCGCUGUUGAGAGGUGAGGCGUGGAAAAGGAAGACUGGUUAUGGGAGUGGGUAUGGGGAGCUGAUUGUUUUUACGGGGAUUACGGCGGCGGUUGGGGGGAUGAGUUUCUUUGGGAAGAGGCUGGGGUGGAUUCAGUGAUGGCGGUUUUGAAGGCGCGAUCCCUGACACGUGGGUGGAGAACAAUUUGAAUGUACCACAACUUGUUGGAUGUCUAGAAACGUGUAAGUCGGAAGAAAGCACGCCUCUCCAGAAAAGAAUGCUAUCAUCCGAUGUAUUCUGCUCACAUUGGGUGCAAAAAGUGCACGAUUCGGUCCAAAGAGUUUUGCAAGCAUUCCAGUCGACCAAAUUCAUUAACUAGUUUAAAAACAUUAUCUUUAUCGUAAGGACUGUCUAUGUUCGUUCAAUUCCAAAUCUCAUUUCAUGUAAACAUUGCCAUUGCCCAUUUCGUAUGCUCACUUCAUCAUCCCAAAAUCGCCCCACGUUACACUCUCCAACCCCUUUUCCAACUCUCCAUACCCAGCAUUCGGCCGAAAUGUUCAUGCUUGAACCUCG